AUGAAACCACACACUAGCACUUCAAUAAACUCACAAAACCACACACUUAUACCAACAAACUCAUGGACGAAACCCACACAGACAAAACCAAACACUUGUAUUUCAACAAACUCACAGAGGCUUUAG